AUGGCUGUGACUUUAGUACAAGCCCAAAGGGUGGGCUAUACAUUUUUGAAAGCACUCCUAAGAUUCGGUUUUAUGGUCGCCAAUAACCUGGUUGCUAUUCCGUCCUACGUCUUGUAUUUAAUUAUACUGCAACCUCUUCGAGUCUUGGAUAGUAAGCUGUUCUGGUAUAUCGAAGGAGUAUUAUUUAAAUGGCUUUUAGCUAUGGUGGCUUCCUGGGGCUGGUGGGCAGGAUAUACAGUAGUUGAAUGGGGAGAUGAUGUUAAAGCAAUUUCAGAAGAUGAAGCUGUGGUGCUGGUGAACCAUCAAGCAACGGGAGAUGUUUGCACUCUAAUGAUGUGCCUUCAGGAUAAAGGCAUGGUUGUCCGUCAGAUGAUGUGGCUAAUGGAUCAUAUAUUUAAGUAUACAAACUUUGGCAUUGUAUCUCUAAUCCAUGGAGACUUCUUUAUAAGACAGGGAAAAGCUCACCGUGACCAGCAGCUUGUGCUCCUUGAAGAACAUCUAGAAAAAUAUUAUAGAAGCCGUAGUCGGAAAUGGAUUGUACUGUUUCCAGAAGGUGGCUUCCUUAGGAAAAGGAGGGAAACAAGCCAGGCAUUUGCUAAGAAAAACAAUUUGCCAUUUCUUCAGCAUGUCACCCUGCCAAGACUGGGGGCAACACAAGUUAUUUUGAAAUCGCUUUUGGGUCAGCAACAAAAUGGAACCCCAGCAGGUGGAGAUUCUAUGAAAGCAGAGAACAAAUUAAAAGGCCUUCAGUGGAUGAUAGAUAUAACCAUUGCGUAUCCCAGAGCUGAACCCAUAGACAUCCAGACUUGGAUUCUUGGCUACAGGCAACCAACAAUUACACAUGUACAUUACAGGAUUUUUCCAAUUAAAGAUGUACCUGCAGAGCCUGAAGCCCUCACCCAUUGGCUAUAUCAACGAUUCAUUGAAAAGGAGGAUCUCUUGUCACAUUUUUACAAAACAGGAGCAUUUCCUCCCCUACAGGGUCAAACAGCUGUUUCCCGGGAGAUGACCCUCAACAACUUGUGGUUGGUUGGCAUUCAGUCCCUUGCAUUUUUGUCAGGUGGUAUGUGGUACUGCAUCCUUCGGUAUUUUUAUCAUUGCCUAUUUUAGAAGUUGAAUGGGACCUGAGGACACUGAGAAUCCAGGCUCUGGCAAAUGAGCAUCACGUGACGUGCAAAUGUGAAUAUUCAAGAGUCAAGGAAAAUACUGGAUGGCUUUUUACCCCUCUCAAUGGACGCUCUAAACUCCACUAAAGUGAGAGUCAGUAAUAUAGUGACCUGAUGAUGUAUUUUAAGAACUCUGUAUUUUUAAAGAGGGGGAACAUCCCUAGACACACUUAAGCAAAUUUGGCAUUUGGACAAGAGGUGCAGUCAUACCACCACAUAGAGGAAUGUCUGCAACAAGAAGCUCUGUCACCACAGGUAUUACUUGACAUUGUAGUUAAAGCGCAGAAAAUUCAGCAACUCUCUCUCUCCUGUAGUCUGUAUGACAAAGUGUGUGGUAGAGAAUCCCUCAUUGGCACAAAAGUUUAUCACAGUUGAGCUGGAAUCACAUGUAGUCUGCAGAGCUAGUUAUGGUAACUUAACUGCUCUCCUAUCAGCCAUUGUUGUAUUAGACACACUCUUCCUGCAAACAUGCAAGAGAGGUUUGUGGUGGAGAAAACAGUGCUCAGAAAAGCAGUAUGUAAUAUGUUUAAAAAUAAUUCACCAUUGACAAAUCAGCCCAUCCCUGCCCUGGGUUAUCCAUCAGACAUGUGAUUUCUGUACGCUAGUUGUAUCCCUUCUUAGUAGGGACGAUGUCAGGUCACUUGAUUUAUUUCCCUUUUGUGUUUAUGAUGUUUCAUACAUUGAGAAUUAUCUUUUCUGCAAAAUGCACUUUUAAAGAUUAAAAUACAGUGAAGGAAAAACAUAUAGCUGGGGUGGGGGGGAGCUUUAUCUGCAACAGACUGGAAUCGUAAAGAGUGCUACCUGUUCCUGAAAGUGUGCUGGUGUCCCUGAGGCUUUUCAGUCUGUCCUCCCUUCCCCAGUGUCUUUCCUCCCUGCUCCAAUUUGUUGUAUAUCACGAGCUGGCAAAUGUGACUUUUUGAUAGCUUACGGAGGCCUGUUCCCCGCAUUUGUUGCAACAGCACUAAAUGCAUUUGUGGGACAGUGUAAACAAAUCAAUGCCAGUCAGAUUCAUAUUUUGCUUUGGAAAAAUGGAAGGAAACUAGUUUCUUAAAAAGAGAUCUGAUGGCGUGUGUAAAGCUGUAGGAAGAUAUUCAAUGGACUGUGACAGAAUGUGAUCUCAAUAACUGUACAGAGGGCUAUAUUAAGCCUGCCCCUGUGCUGAAAAGUAUUAGCCUCAGUGGAAGGAGAAUUAAUUAGUCAGAGGCAAACUGGACUCAAACCAGAUUUUCAGAUGUCUGGUUAACAAUGCUGUUGAAAGGCAGUCAGUAGUGUAGGUUCUCAUUUCCAGCAGGUUGGCCUCACUUGAUUACACAGGUAGAAAAGAUCCAUUUCUAGAAUGAAAUUCCUGUUUGAGUAUAGGCCAUGUAGCCAGAAUUUUAUGUAUAACUAUGGUGUAUUGUCUUUGGAUUGUAAUUUUAUUGAGCGCAAACUAAGCCAACUGUAGUUGUCCAUGUUGAGUUAGCAGUAUAGUUUCCCCUUUGAUCCCCCUUGUCAUACAAGAACCAGUUAUCUGAAUAUUUUCCUUUGGGGGGAAAAAGCAUACCAAAAUAUGAAAUAAUGCGAAUUUUCCCUGGUUUAAUGGAAAAGGUAUCCUAAUUAAAUAUGCCAAAAAAGUGGUUUCAUCAUAAGGUAACACAGUGUGGAUAUUAAUAAGAAGAUGGUUAAUAAAAGAACAACUGAAAUACCUCAUUGACUGUUAUGAUACCACUGCAGGUGAAAUGCAGAAGACAGUGUUAUUAUUUCACGUGAUGUUUAAUGUAAGAAACUAUUUCUAAAUCCAUCUUCUUGACAAAAUACAGCUGAAUUCCAUUGUAAAAUUAAAAUUAAUCUUAAUGUGAGGUACGCAAAGGGAGGCCAGUUUGGGCUGUGAACAUGUUCCUUUACCCGUUGAUUCUGCCAAUUGGUGAGGUUUGUUACUUUGGGUGUAGAUUGUUUCCUCUGCUGUAUUGCAGGCAGGCGUUGCAGUCCAGUACCAAUCCCCUGAUACAAGGGUGCAAACAAGCUGCUCUAAACUUGAGUAGACGGGAUUCUGGAAACAAGCUGCAGAAUGUUUUCUAUGUCUUUCUUCCUAACGUGGGAUGAUUGGAACCACUUGGCAUUCCAGUUUAUAUUGUUUCUUAAUUAGGAGGGGAAGGGCUGAUAUAAAAAAGAGAGGUUUUGUUGCACGACAGAAGCCUGCAUCAGAAUAUUUGCUUUACAAACCCAAUAAACAUGCCAGGGUAUAUGCUUUUCAAAUGCACUAUUGUUUCCAAUGGCCUGUAAUAAGUACUGAUGUGCUGCCUAAUGAAAUAACAGCAAUAUGUGAUCAUGUGGUAAAGUGACCCUUUGACUUACUGGUACCUUUGGGUUUGUUUGUUUUUGUUUUUGUCUUUCAAUUUGUUUGUUUUUUAAUUCUGCAAAACCUUUAUAUGAAAGCACUGAUUGUAGUUUCAAUGUGGAGACUAAAUUGCAUUAGAUUGCUUCUCUGCUACUUGCACUGGAAAAUGUGAAGAGUGUAUGUCAUCAAGUCUCCAUAGAGUCGAAUUUAGGUGAUCAUGGAAAGGAACUAGUUUCCAUGUUAGGAACUUGGAUUUUUUUUUUUGUCAUGAACAUAGUGCUGGUUAAUAAUGGAGAAUAAUAAAGAGCGAUAAAAAUCUUUUUAAUAAGGGAAAAACAUAAAAUACAUGUAGGAGAAAUGAGUUUCAACUCAGUUACCCGUGUGUCAGCUAGUUGAGGUUUAUAGCUGUAGUUAGCAUUUUUGC